AUGAUGCUUACUCUCUCUAAGCCAGCGAAGUGGGAUUUCGACGUCAAAACCCAUGACUUUCCCCCGCCAUUUACAGCUUCUUCUACCACUCGACAUUCACCACAGCUCAACGGCAGGCCAUCGCCUCUCCGUUCGGCAGGGCCAAACUUCGCCAUGAGCACAUCACAUCGUGGACUACCUCCACCAUCGGCAAUGACAUUGCCGGAUCCAGGACGUGGUCCUCCAAUGCAAUCUUCCAUAGGGUCGUCUUCUCUAGGUGUAUUACCUCCAGCACCUACCCAAUGGCAAGGUUCUGAGGACGGCAUGAAAAAUUGGUUAGCGGCUAAGGCUGAAGAGGAGAAGAGAAAGCAAGAGGAGGAGAAGACGCGGCAAGAGAACUUGAAGUUGGAGCAGCGAAAGAUCGAGCACUCAAUGCUGCGGGAAUCUAUGCAAGGUGGCAUUCCACCGCACCUUGUGCCUAUCAUCUUUGCUGGCAUCGGGGGAGGUAACCUUGCAAACAUCAGUGCCGAAUGGAUUCAGCAAUACACCGCGCAGGUGCAAGCUGCGCAUCAGCAGGCACACGCACAGGCUCAAGCACAAUUGUCUCCUGAGACUCGACGGGAAACAAGACUGUUAGGUCAGCAACCGCAGACGGUAUACGCUGGUCAGCCCCCAGUACCACAGACAAUUCUUCCGCCUACCGCUGUGCUGCCAGGCCAGCCACUACCAGCGUCAUCACAACAGUACGCUGGCGAAAGGGUACCUUCGGGUCCGAGCCAUUUUGGCCCUCCCACGUCCGUCCCUCGACCCGUCCACCAGUCGCAGCUGCCGAAGCUCACAACCAACGAGAUGCACAUUCAGCAACCGCCAUCAGCGCAACCGGGUGUGCAGCAACUGCAAUCGACGCAAACCGCGCAGGAGCAGUCUUCGCCAUCCAUCUACUUCCACCACUGGGUACCUCCGGCAUCACAACAAGAGAAAAACACAAGCGGAAACCCGCCGGCGACGCCCUCAGGUAAAUACAAAUCUUCGCCCUCCACCUCAUACCAAUCCCGUCAACGUGCGACGUCUCAUGCGUCUGACCGUGAGUACAUCAGCUCCCCCAAAAAGCGGAAGGCCCAAGGUCCUCACGCAGCGCCACCGCCCCCAACAUCGGCACCCCAAUCCUAUAUAUCACCGUCCUUCUCGCAUGUAUCGUCGUCAUCGACAUCAACGCCCGGACGACGAGGACACGCACGAGCCCGUUCAGAUGCAUCUGCACGAGGUACAGAGGGUUCUAUGAGCCGGCGCGGUACUGUGUCAGGUCUGGCAAACGAGACGAGACAGAACGACAUUGAAGAACCUCCGAGGGCAUCAGAAGGGAGAUCUGCAUACCAUCCAGAGAUCCCACAUGGCACGCCACCACAGCGAAGUGACUCACGAGGCUAUGUUCAGCAGUCUCCAGCAGCCAAUGCCGCAUCUGGCCAGCCUGAAACGCCGAAGUACGGGACGCACCAGCAAUGGAAUCGCGGAUACCAGCCAUCUCCCAAACGGGAAGCUGAUCAUUAG